AGCCGCGGCUGGAAGAUGGCGGGGCAGGACUGCGGCGCGCUGCUGGAUGAGGAGCUCUCCUCCUUCUUCCUCAACUAUCUGGCCGACGCGCAGGGCGGGGUGCCCGGGGAGGAGCAACUCUAUGCCGAUUUUCCGGAGCUUGAUCUCUCCCAGCUGGACGCCAGCGACUUUGACUCGGCCACCUGCUUUGGGGAGCUGCAGUGGUGCCCAGAGAACUCCGAGAUUGAACCCUGCCAGUAUGGCCCCGAUGACUCGGAACUCUUCGAGAUCAUCGACAGCGAGAAUGAGGCCCUCCUGGCAGCGCUCACCAAGACCCUGGAUGACAUCCCUGAGGACGACGUGGGUCUGGGUGCCUUCCCAGCCCUGGAUGCUGGGGAUGCACUGUCCUAUGCUUCCGCUUCGCCUACCCCUUCCUCGGCACCCCCCAGCCCCUCCCCGGAGAGACCCCCCGCCCAGGCUCCUGAGGUGGACGAGCUCUCGCUGCUGCAGAAGCUCCUCCUCGCCACAUCCUACCCUACGUCAAGUUCAGAGACCCAGAAGGAAGGAACUGCCUGGCGUCAGGCAGGCCUCAGGUCCAAAAGUCAGCGUCCUUGUGUCAAGAUGGACAGCACCCAAGACAAGAAGGCCCCGGUGAUGCCAUCCCAGAGCCGGAGCUGUACCGAAUUGCAUAAGCAUCUCAUCUCAGUGCCGUCCUCCGGGCAGACUAAAGCCCACUCGCCAGACAGGAGCCUACAGCAACCACCACCGCUGAGUUCCCAGCUCCCAGCCAAGGAGGAUGAGGAGCUGGGUGAGGACUGCCCGAGCCCACAGCCGGCUCCAUCCUCUCCCCGGGACUCCCCUGUGCCUGGCAGAACGGGCCCCAGUGUUCCAGUUUCCCAGGAGGACAUGCAGGCUAUGGUGCAGCUCAUUCGCUACAUGCACACCUACUGCCUCCCCCAGCGGAAGCUACCCGCGCAGGCCCCAGAGCCAGGACUGCAGCCCUGCAGCAGCCCGUCCAAGCAGGUCAGACCCCGGCCCGGCUCCCAUCACCCCUCCAGAGCCUCCUGGGCCGAAUUCUCCAUCUUGAGGGAACUCCUGGCUCAGGACGUCCUCUGUGAUGUCAGCAAGCCCUACCGCCUGGCCACGCCCGUCUAUGCCUCCCUCACGCCCCGGCCCCGGCCCCGGCCUCCCAGAGAGAGCCAGGCCUCCCCCAGCCACCCAUCCGCCAUGGAGGAGGUGAGGAUCGCAGCUUCGCCCAAGAGUGCUGGGCCUCGGCCCAGCCUGCGCCCACUCAGGCUGGAGGUGAAAGGGCAUGCCAGUCGUCUGGCCAGGCUGCAGCCAGAGGAAGAGGAAGAGGAGGAGGAGGAAGAGGAAGAAGAAAAAGAGGAGGAGGAGGAAGAGGAAGAGGAGGAGGAGUGGGGCCGGAAAAGGCCAAGCCGGGGCCUGCCAUGGACCAAGCUGGGGAGGAAGCUGGAGAGCACAGUGUGCCCCGUGCGGCGCUCCCGGAGACUGAACCCGGAGCUGGGCCCCUGGCUCACCUUCACCGAGGAGUCCCUGGGCCCCACAGAGCCCCAGGGGCCUCUGUCUUCAAUGCACCUGGCCCCUAAGGCCUACAGCCUGGAAGGGGAGCUGGGCAGCCCCGCAGACGAGGACAUUGGCCAGGACCAGCAGCUCCUGCAGGGACCCCAAAUCCCGGCUCUGGAGAGCCCCUGUGAGAGUGGGUGUGGGGACACGGAUGAGGACCCCAGCUGUCCACGGCUCCCUUCCAGAGGUAACUCUCCCAGGUGCCUCAUGCUGGCCUUGUCACAAAGUGACCCUCCUUUUGGCAAGAAGAAUUUUGAGCAGAACUUGACCGUGGAGCUCUGUGGCACAGCAGGACUCACCCCACCCACCACGCCCCCGUACAAGCCCACAGAGGAGGACCCCUUCAAACCAGACAUCAAACACAGCCCAGCCCAAGACAGAGCUACCAGACUCCCCACCCCAGAGGGCACCACAGGAGCGGCCCCCAGGCUGCCAAAGAAGCACCCGGAGCGGAGUGAGCUCCUGUCCCACCUGCGGCAUGCCACGGCUUCUCCAGCCUCCCAGGCUGGUCAGAAGCGCCCCUUCUCCUGUUCCUUUGGAGACCAUGACUACUGUCAGGUGCUCAAGCCAGAGGGCGCCCUGCAGAGGAAGGUGCUGAAGUCCUGGGAGCCGUCAGGAGUCCGCCUGGAGGACUGGUCCCAGCAAGUCACCCCUCGGGCUGAGGCGGCUGAGGCGCAGGCCCCUAGCAGAGAAGGCAGGAGCUGUGAUGUCGGGCCCUCCCCCAAGGACAGUGUGCUGCUGAGGGACCAUGAGAUCCGCGCCAGCCUCACCAAGCACUUUGGGCUCCUGGAGAGCGCCCUGGAAGAUGAAGACCUAGCUUCCUGCAAGAGCCCCGAAUACGACACCGUCUUUGAGGACAGCAGCAGCAGCAGUGGUGAGAGCAGCUUCCUCCUGGAGGAGGAGGAGGAGGACGAUGAGGAAGAGGACUCAGGGGUCAGCCCCCCUCGCUCUGACCACUGCCCCUACCAGAGCCCCCCAAGCAAGGCCAGUCGGUCGCUCUGUUCCCGGAGCCGCUCCAGCUCUGGCUCCUCCUCCUGCCGCUCCCGCUCACCAGCCACCCGAAGGACCUUCAGAUGUGAGAGCAGAGGGCCGUGUUCAGACGGAACGCCAAGCGUCCGGCAGGCCAGGAAGCGGCGGGAAAAGGCCAUUGGCGAAGGUCGCGUGGUGUACAUUCGCAAUCUCUCCAGCGACAUGAGCUCCCGCGAGCUGAAGAGCCGCUUCGAAGUGUUUGGCGAGAUUGUAGAGUGCCAGGUGCUGACCAGGAGCAAGAGAGAUGAAAAAUAUGGCUUCAUCACCUACCGGCGCUCUGAGCACGCUGCGCUCUCUGUGAGGGACGGCGCUGCCUUGCGGAAGCGCAACGAGCCCUCCUUCCAGCUGAGCUACGGGGGCCUCCAGCACUUCUGCUGGCCCAGGUACACUGACUACGAUUCCAAUUCAGAAGAGGCCCUUCCUGCGUCUGUGAAAAACAAGUAUGAAGCCAUGGAUUUUGACAGCUUACUAAAGGAGGCCCAGCAGAGCCUGCAUUGAUAACAGCCUUAACCUUCGAGGAAUACCUCAAUACCUCAGACAAGGCCCUUCCAAUAUGUUUACGUUUUCAAAGAAAUUAAGUAUAUGAGAAGGAGAGCGAGCGAGAGCGUGAGAGAACACACGUGAGAGAGAGAGAGACUUGAAACUGCUGUCCUUUUAAAAAACAAUCAAUGUUUACAUUGAACAAAGCUGCUUCUGUCUGUGAGUUUCCAUGGUGUUGACGUUGCACUGCCACAUUAGCGUCCUUGCUUCCGAGGGGUUGUCCCGGGUGCGCCUCCAAGUGCUGGCUCAGUCACCCA